CUGAUAAUAAGUUCAUAAUCAAUAAAAAAAUCAUGAUAUAAACUCUUUGAACGCUUGAUAAAACUUCAACUUUUAUUGUAAAUCGAUGACAACUGUCUACUAUUUAGUUACUUAUGACAGAUCUUUCGUGAUGCCCCUCGUAGCGCAACGGUACCUAUAAGAAUCAAGUUCCCCAGAGAGCAUGCGUGACUCAUCCCCAGAUGUUUGUGAUGCGCACUGUGCGUGAACUUUAAAACUUGGAAAAUAUCGUUAGCGACAGAUAACAGAUAUUCACUCUUAACCACAUUCAUAUGCUUCAUUUAAUAUAUUCUAUUGUAUUCAGUGAACAUGUAUGAAAAGGUCGUGAAACAGUAUGAAACCAACGGUUAUGCCGUCAUUGACAAGUUGUUCUCGGAAGAGGAAGUUAAUCUCAUGAAAAAAGAGAUCGAUGUACUCGUAAAGAAAAUGCCAGAAGAGUCUCAGAGGGUCAUUUUUAGUACUACUGAUUCUGAAAGUCAGCAGCAUCCUGCAUGCAUUUUCAGAACAAGGAUCGAUAUUUUCUGGAGAGUGGCGACAAAAUUAGCUAUUUUUAUGAGCAAGGGGCUAUAGGGCCAAAUGGAGAACUACUAGUGGAACCUCACUUAUCUCUGAAUAAAAUCGGACAUGCGUUACAUGAACUUGAUCCUGUAUUCAGAAAAAUGACCUUCAGCGAACAAGUGAAGGAAGUGGCUUUUCAACUGGGGUACGAGGAACCUGCUGUCGUUCAAAGCAUGUAUAUUUUCAAAAACCCUGGGAUUGGCUCCGAAGUAACAGCGCAUCAAGACGCGACCUAUCUGUAUACAGAACCCGUGAAAGUGACGGGAUUUUGGAUAGCAUUAGACGAUGCUACAGUGGAAAACGGAUGCCUAUGGUUUGCCGCUGGGUCGCAUAAAAGCGGGGUUCACAGGAGAUAUGUCAGGAAUCCGGACAAAGGUUCUGAUCAGUUGCUUAUUUACAAAUCAGGACCGCCGAUUUAUCAACGUAGCAACUUCAAACCUGUUCCAGUUGAAAAAGGUAGCUGUGUAAUAAUCGAUGGGCAAGUGGUGCAUUUCAGUGAAGCAAAUAAAUCAGACAAGCCUAGACAUGCUUAUACUUUCCACAUCGUAGAACAAAGGAAAUGCAUUUAUUCUAAAAGCAACUGGUUGCAGCCUGAAAAUAAACCAUUUAUGAACCUCUACAGGCACUAAGUUGUAAUAGAAUUCGAUAUCUGUUACCUGACGAAACAGUGCAUUUAGGUCUUGGAGCUUAAUCGGCCAACAUGUAAAUUUAAAAAAAAGGUUCAAAACUGUUCGACGUAAAAGUAAAUGAAAAAAAGUUCGUCGAAUAGACACGCAUUUUGCUGUAGUGACACCCAAUGGUAUUUAGAGAGUUUCAUUAUAUCUCUGUUUACGUAAAUCUUUUGAAUAAAUAUUGUGUUGUUCAUGUUUGGCUUAUCUUUCGCGAUAGAAAUGUGGUAUCAGUCCUAAGAAACUGAACAAACAGAUCAAUCAUUCAGCCAAACAAUGGAGAUCAAUUGCAUAUAUCAGGAAAACAUUGUUUCAC